GACUUGAAAUGCUGCAAGAUCUCACUCAUAAAUUCUCCUUCUCCCAUCUGUAAAGGGAGGGCGGCAGGAUUUCUGCGCCAUCUGUGGUGCUGCGAAGCUGCAAACAAGCGUCGGUUAUAAGGAGCUUUGAGCUCCAACGGGAGGUUGUGUGUAAAGGCGAGGCUUUGCGGGAUGAACUGUGCCUUCCUAUGGCUGCUGGAUCUGGUAUCCGAACCAGGGGCUGGGCUGGCAGCUUUGGAAGAACACACUGGUGAUGCAGGGGGAGUGCUCCAGCUGCUAAAUGUCUGGGUGUGUGCACUGCUCAAAAGCAAUGUUCAUCAUUACAAAAUUAAGGGACGGAGGAGCCGGUGGCUGCACAAAAACCCGAGGUAUGCCUUUCAUCCUGAGCACCUCUGAUCUUAACAUGCGUGGGUCUCAGAGAUUGUGGGAAUCUGGCCCCAGCCAGCCAACGUGAUUAUUUACCAACACGUGCAUUGAAAUAGGAAACGGGGAGCCACAGUUACAGCAUCAGGCCCUUCCGACUGCAGGAGGAUGCAUCUGACGAGAACAAAAGGAUGCUCUCUGCCCAACUUCGCAGGGUGCAGAGGGAAGCUGCCUAGCCUUUGCCCCCAGGAGCCACAUUUGCCUUAUAUUUGCAUAAAGCUGGGGGCCAAGCUGCUGGAACAAAGAGCAGCUUGUGGCCGAGCACAGCAUUUUAAGACUAAAUAGCCCUGUUCCCAGCGAGCAGUGCAAAGCGCCACGCCGCCGCCCGGGGAGAGCCCGCAGCGGAGCUUCCCGGGCUGAGCAAACGCGGGGCUGGGGCCAAGCCCUCAUGCUGGGUGCCGUUUUCUCUUCCGCAGACACAAGCCACCAGACCCGCUCCGUCUCCAGCCGCCCCUACUACAGCCUGCCCAACAGCAGCCAUGAGAGGCGCUCGGUCCUCGCCGUCACGGAGCCGCCGCGCUUCCACUCCCAAGCCAAGGGCAAGAACGUGCGGCUGGACGCCCACUCGCGCCGCGCCACGCGGAGGAACAGCUUCUGUAACGGGGUCACCUUCACCAACCGGCCCAUCCACCUCUACGAGAAAGUGAGGCUGAAGCUGGUGGCCGUGCACCACGGCUGGAGCGGGGCCCUGCGCUUCGGCUUCACCAUCCACGACCCCUCGCAGAUGAGCUCCGACGACAUACCAAAGUACGCCUGCCCCGACCUGGUCACCCGGCCCGGGUACUGGGCCAAGGCUUUGCCAGAGAGGUUCGCCGUCAGGGACAAUAUCUUGGCCUUCUGGGUGGACCGUCAUGGGAGAGUCUUCUACAGUAUUAACGACGAGGAGCCGAUAUUGUUUCACUGUGGUAUUAAAGUUUCCAGUCCUCUCUGGGCGCUCAUAGAUGUCUACGGGAUUACCCACGAAGUGCAAAUACUAGAUAGCAUGUUUGCGGAGACCAUGACCAGCGCCCGUCUCAGCACCGCCCGUCUCAGCACCUGCCUUCCACAGAGCAACCACGACUCCGCCAACUUCAACAACAACGAGCUGGAGAACAACCAAGUGGUGGCCAAAAUCGCAAACCUAAACCUGAGCCGGGUGCCGGGGCUCGCCACAGACAACCACCUCAUCCCCUGCUGCCCAAACCGACGGCAGCGCGCCCCGGGGGUCCCAGCCUUCCUGGACACGGACCUGCGAUUCCACCCCACCCGCGGACCUGACAUCACCUUUUCUCAGGACCGGAUGGUUGCGUGCACCAACUGGCAAGAAAGCAAUAGGACCUUGGUGUUUUCUGACCGGCCUUUGCACAUCGGCGAAAGCCUCUUUGUGGAAGUGGGACACCUUGGGUUGCCCUACUACGGGGCCCUCUCGUUUGGCAUCACUUCUUGUGAUCCGAGUACUUUACGGACAAACGAGCUCCCAGCAGACCCGGACUUUCUCCUGGACCGCAAGGAGUACUGGGUGGUGUACCGGGCGUUCCCGGUCCUCAACAGCGGCGACAUCCUCAGUUUCAUGGUCUUGCCGAACGGAGAGGUGCACCACGGCGUGAACGGAGCCAGCCGGGGAAUGCUCAUGUGCGUGGACACCUCUCAGUCUCUCUGGGUGUUUUUUACAAUCCAUGGUGUAAUCAACCAGCUCAAAAUAUUGGGCACUGUGCAGUCCAGCCCAGUGACCGUCUCGCCCUCAGGGUCCCCUGGCGGCUCGCAGUACGACAGCGACUCGGACAUGGCCUUCAGCGUCAACAGGUCGUCGUCUGCCUCCGAGUCUUCACUCGUGACUGCUCCCAGCUCCCCCCUGAGCCCCCCCAUCUCUCCCGUCUUCCCCCCUCCGGAGCCAUCAAGCAGCAAGAACGGGGAAUGCACCGUCUGCUUUGACAGUGAGGUGGACACGGUGAUCUACACCUGCGGACACAUGUGCCUCUGCAACACCUGCGGUCUUAAGCUGAAGAAGCAGCUCAACGCCUGCUGCCCGAUCUGCCGACGGGUCAUCAAAGAUGUUAUUAAAAUCUACCGCCCUUAGCGCCCGGCUCGGGCUGUAGGAAGGGAGAACGCCGCUAGCAGUAACCAUGCCUUUCCGUCCCUGCUUAUGGGUUAUCGUGCUGGUCAGUCGUUAUCAAGUGGCUCGUUAUCUGUGUUUCCUUAUUUGACUGGUAGGGCACAAUUCAGGGAUAAAAUUGAGCUGAGGAUCACAUGGGGCCCAAAGCCAAGGCUGCCGUGCCGGCCGGGCUGCGUGCCCGUGGGUUAAUUGGGUGAAUUGUGUUAGGGACCUGCCCCGGCUGCCAGUGGGAAACUCCCUGUGCAAAGGCUCUUUUUUCCCUCGGAGGAUGAGGCUCGUGGUGGUGUGGGUCAGGACGGGGACGUUGCCAUUUGUUCGGUGCUGGGUGCCACUGGACUUCCCAGCCCCAAAGCCCAAACAGCCCUGGGGUGCCUGUGCUGUGUUGGAACAAAAUUAGAAUAAGGCCCAGUGGGAGAGCUCAAAGUGGACAAAACUGAUCUGAAAAUGUAAUAUCCAUCCAUUUAAGGUGAACUCGCUAAGGCCGAAAUGGUAGCACAGCCAGAUUCUCACUUGUUUGGGUUUUGAGUGGAAUUCUGGGGCACUUGGAGAAGCUGGUUUGGCCUCAGAUAAAGCAGCUUUUGCUUUUUGUGGCAGAGCAGGGACUAUUGGACAGGGAGGCUGGGACCUGGGGAGCAGCCGUGGGGUAGCAGCAAGGUGCGCAAGCCCAGCAAGAGCCCCAGACAACCCAAGCUGCUGCAGCAGCAGCGACGGGCAGCAGCAAUGGGCAGCUCACACACCGUCCCCAUGUCUGGCUGCUGAUGCAGCCGUAAAUUUCAGCCUGUGGAUUAGACUGGUGUUCGGACGAGCGGGCUGUAAGCCCAGUUUGGGAAAAGCGAUGGGCUGCCAUCGGCUGAACCGAGUUUUUGUCACACGCAGGCACGUGCGCCUGCAUUUUGCUCUGCUCCUCCAGGUGCAGGGAGGUGAAUCUCACGGGGCCCUGCCCGGCUCAUGUCCCUCACCCUGCCCCUGCCGCCAGUGCAGGGCUCAGCCUCCCUCCCUGCCCACCACGAGGACUUUUUGGAGCCUGUGGUGAGAAAUCCACAUCUGCCCCAGUCCCUGUGGGCUCACCUUUUCUUUCUGGGGACUGCAGAUGUGUUGGCUUCACCUUCUGCGUUUCUCCUGCCUCUUCAGGUGUCCCAACAUAGCUCCCACUGCCCGGACACUGGGUCCCAAGGGAGGCUUCAGCCAUGGACAAGAGCUUAUCGAGAUGACCAGGGUUGAAACUUGGUUUUACUUGGGAGAAGGAAAGAAAAAGGCUCUGAGGCUAUUAUCAGAUGUUGGGACUUAAAAGGUAGAUGGAUUUCAGCUGUGAUGUUAGACAGCCACAAGCAGCAGCAACCCGGAGGAGCUGGGAAGUGUACAAGCAGGCAGCAGCGGGGGCUUGGUGUCCUCCUCCUUGAUGCUCCUGCAGGAGCUUCCCUCCGUCCUCGGCCCCCUUGCAGGCCUCCCCUCUGGUCCUUCAUCCCGAGCACACCCCAAGCCUGGUCCAGCUUGGUAAAGAGGUGAAGAGCAAGGAUGCAAACGGCACGAUUAGAGAGGGGCCAAUGCCGCUCUCGCUCAGUGACCGUGUGCCACCAAGCACGAAACCCACCCAAGCACACCCCAGGGCUGCCUGCCCAGGGGGCGGCCUGCUCCUGCCUGCCACUUCUUGCUGUGGGUGCACCGCCGGCUGUCCUGCUACUGCUGCCGGGCUGGGGGCAGGGGCGUGCUGCUGGCAGCGUGACGGGCUGUGUGGCUGCUCUCAGUCCCUGGCCCAGAGCCUCUCUUACCUCAUGGGAAGCACACCCAGGGAAGCAGAUAACCCGUCCCACGUCGGGCCGCAGCUGCUCGGAGGCUGGCCGAAUGUGCCAGCUCACAGGGCACGGAGAAAACUUUUUUUUAAAAAAAAAAAACUUGAAGAGCUAAUUAGCAUUUCCAUUAAGUGUAUAAAUGAGAGGCUACUUCAGAGUGAGAGCUCUCAGACACUGCCCUGCUGCAUCAGCGCGAGAGCCUGCUGGCUUUGCAGAGCCCUUUUUAGAAACUCGGCUCAGCGCUGGCCAUGCAGCAUCAGCGCGUGCUGGGCCCCGGCAGAGCCAUCGGUGCAGCGACCGCUGCACGUUCACCUUUGCAAAACGCAGCGGUGAGCUUUCCAGUUUGCUGUUUUGCAGUUUUCCAGCGGCUGAAGCCUUGUGCCGAGCUUGAUGCUGCCCAGCUGAGGACCUCCAUGGUCCUGCCCAGCCCCCGGUUGUAGAUCAGGGUCCAGCCGUGGUCACCGGGCACAACGCCGGGUGCCGUGGUGGCAAAUACGUGACUGCAGGGUGAAACCCGGCCAGGUGGGUUAGGCUGUGCCCUUCUGUGAGCGGGCUGCGGUGGGCAGCUUUGGCCUGACGAGGAAGUCAGGGAAAGCUGUCUGAAUUGACAGUGAGCGAUGCUGGCUUGGAGCAUGCUGGGCUAACAAACGCCAGCAGCCGGCCCCACGCCACAGUCCCUGUUUUGGGGUGCCCAGUCCUGUUCGGAGCCAGCACCCCUAACGCGCAGAGCCCCUUCACAUGGCCGAGCCCUCAGGUCUCCAACAAGCAGGGCUGGCUGCACGCCUGGCUUAGUUCUUGGUGUAGCUCUUUUCUUUUAAGCCAACAUGGAGAAGCAGUGAAACCACUCGCUCCAAGCUGGCACCCGAGCUGACCAGGUUGCACAGGUUUACUUUUCGCUGUAGCAGCUGCGAGUGAUUUCAGGGCACGGCAUCCAGCAGGGCCGUCAAGGGAGCGAGCUCGCUGCGCGUAAGGAACCUCGCCGGGGUGCAGAGUGCGGCCGAGCAGCGGGGCGGGGAGCGAGCAGCGGUGGCCGUGGCGCCCUGCCUACCUGAGAGCGACAGGGGUGUUCAAAAUAGGUGCAGAGGCCUCUUAAAAAGAUUUCCAGGAAAAGGUAGCCUCUUACAGAUUCAAUCGUUAGUACUCGUAUUGCUAUUUUUUUUAACCAGUCCGAUGAUAUAUGAUUUGUACAGAAGAUCUGUUUGUGCCUUAUAAGGGUGUCUGUGCACUUUUUAUCCUUUCUAAAGCAACUUUUAAAAAACAAAGAAAAAUGGGGAGAAAAUAUCACAGAUCAAUGGUAGUUUUAUAGAUUUUUUUUGUGUUCAUCGAGAAUCCUGCUUUAUAUAUAUAUAUAUACAUAUAUAUAUAAAUUUAGGAGUGAAAAAAAGU